AUGAUUUUUACCAAACCUCCUUUACCUUUCAUAGGUAAUAAGUCGAAGAUCAGGAAAGCUCUUAUCGACAUACUCAAAGACAUCAAAGGGGAUUAUGUCUUCGUUGACCUCUUUGGUGGUUCUCUCUAUAUCUCUCAUCUGUUGCAUAUUAUGUUCCCAAAAGCAACGAUCAUAGCUAACGACUAUGAUAACUACGUUGAUAGACUGAAACACAUUCAUGACACGAAUGAAAUACUUAAGGAACUUAAGGAGAGAAUAAAUGUUAAGCCAGAUGAGAAAAUUCCUACUGAUCAGAAAGAGAUCGUCAGAGAAGUUAUAAGUAAAGCUCCAUACAUAGACUGGGAUACAUUAUGUUCACGUCUUCUCUAUUCUGGAGCAUACAAAUACUAUGAUCUUGACACAUUAAUGAAGAAAGUGUUAUACCUCAGAUAUACUAACUUAUUUGAUGAAAACAUAGAUGACUAUCUUGAAG